AGAAACUCUGCGAGGACUUUAGUGCUUUAGACACAUUCAGGGGAGUCGUUUUUGUGUCAAAUGUAGCUACAUUUGGGAACUGUGUAGCUACUAGUGGGGAUUGAUGACUCCACAAUCCAUUUAAGCACCGCCCACUUUCUGAGAAACUCCUGUACACCUGCUGGAGGUAUCCAGUUAUCUGAUCAGCAAAUCAAAUAUUUCUAUAUUUCAUUAGAGAAUAUGUCCAGGGAAACAGUAGAUACGAUUUCCACACUAAUGGGAAUGAGUCUUUGUAGAAAUAUUCAUGUCAAUAGCCAUUUUUUUCCAAUAGCCAAUCAGAUGUCAGCCAUCACAUCAUGUGUUAAAGUAAAGCCAGCUGUGUUUCUCUAUAAUAUUGAUGGUAUUAAAAGGUGGAUUAGGGCACGUAGGAGACCACUGAAGGACUAGGUGUGAGAGGCACGACCCACCGAUGUCCAUUUUGAGACCGUAAUAUGGUUGAGACCUAAAAAAGAAAAUCUCAAUUACUACAACAUUAGUUCCUUAUGUUUAUUCUACUAGAAAGCUAAAUAUGAGGUUGCCAUUCUGGUCAAAUAAAGACCUCGUAUUACUUUUAGGUCACGUUGGGAACGCAGUUCCGUGCAAUUUUCAACACGAUAUUUAUUAAAGCGCCAUUUUGGACCUCACCUCAAAGAGACCUUGCGGCUGUCACAAGGUGUAUUUUUUGAUCUCGUGCUCAAACUUUAUGGCAGAAAAGGAGUUACAGAAGAGCCGUUACCCCCUGUGCCAGCUUCACAAUGGAGCACCGAGAUGGCAUGUGAAAUGGUGUGUCACAGAAAUGCCUCAGGCACUCCUGGCCUUGGAACUUGUCACAGCCGAAGUUGGCGUUCUCGCUUCUAUAAACUCCUUACGAAACGAGGCUUGCGAACUUCCGAGUGCCAUUUUCACAGACGUUCGUGCGACGCUGCUUCGGUUCACGUGGCUGGGAAAACAACGUACACAGACCCGGUAUCCGGCUACAUGGUGUUCACAGAGGUUGCCCAUAAGGAAAGGGGGAGAUGCUGUGGAAGCGCAUGUAGGCAUUGUCCGUAUGGUCAGAUUAACGUGAAGGACUCUUCUAAGAAGAAAACAUUCAACUCCGCCUUUUAUGUAUAGUAAUUUUGAAAAAAACAUCUGUUGUAAAAUAAACGUGGAAGAAGCCGAGAUCAAAACAAAGGACUCGAUAUACCGAAGAAGCGUUCACAGAUCUCAUUAAUGUAAUACAGUGUAACCUUAUAGUUACUGAA